AUGCAGGCAUCAGGAGCUUCAUCCUCCGACCAGGUCCUGGAUUCGACGAGACUAUCGAAGAAAGGGAAGGGAAAGACGCAAAAGGAACCCACAAAGCAAGCUGCGAAAGAUUACACCAACCUGAAUCUGGGUGUCGCGCUGGGAGCCCACCAUGUUUCUGCUGCAUCCGUGGAGACCUCCCUCAAGAUGAAGACGGUAACCAAGAGCUUGGAAACCUUGAUGGGUGCAACAACCUCAGACGAAAAGGAAGACUACGAUGAAGCAACCGUUUCGACUGCGAACAUUACACUGGAUGCUCAAUCGUUUGUCGAACAAGUAUCCGGGCAACACUACUCGUUGCCACCCAGCAAAGUGCUCGAUGUGGAUGCCAACAAGUACAGCAUGAAGAAUCUGAAUUUCAAAAGGGCGUCGGUGGUUUUGACCCCUCCCACUUCGCCCAAAAGGCCAGAUAGAGUUGGCCGUGCUGUCAGUUGUCCAGGAAAUAAUUCUCAUGACCAGAAAAGUCCAAAGGGCAACAAGUAUGCUCUUCAAUCGUUCGAUUUUUCAAAGGCAGCCAAAGUGAUUUCGCUGUCAUCUGAAGAAACCGCCAAUAAAUCAGAUAGUGGAGACGAAGAUGAUGCUAAAAAGGGCAGCAGAAGCAUUGACGGUGUGGUUGGUAACAUUGCGUUCAGUGUAUCCGAGAACCAAGAGGAAUUGGGAGUAACAUCCAGCAACACGGGCUCUGAUACAAGGAGCAGAAGCAAAGAAAGGACUGAGAGUAUGAGCACCAGUACUUCUACACCUUCGGACAGCACGGAACAGCCCAAGCGGCGGUCCAGGAGCACCAACAAAAACCAAAAGAGAAGAUCCGUUUCGCCAGUGCCACGCAACAGUGAGGGCACAAGGAAAAAAGACCGGCUCAGAUCACGCUCAGUCAACGAAGUCAAGCCGCAACGAAACUCGGCGGCGAAGCCCAGGAGGAGUCUUAGUCCUGCCACUCGAAGGAGCACCAGAUCCAACAAAAGUCCGACUUCACCAAGGAGGUCAAGAAGUUUUGCGCAUGCGGAGGACACGAAAAGCAACAACAAUCGUCCAUCCAUUGCGUCGAAUCAUGAUGAUACAGCACCAACUCGCUCCAGUCAUAAUAGUAAGACCAGAGCAAAGACCGGGGGAGUUCGUGGCAAUGGGAUAUACGAUGGGAACCGUCCAGGUCCGGGAACCCCUCAGGCAUCAGAUUUGCCUGUCAAGUCGGCUGUGGAUACACAAGAAGAAAGGAGACAGUCAGGUGGUGCAGCACCAGCAUUGCCCAGUGGAAGGAGAGGGUGUCGUGUGACAUCCGACACGCUUCGCAAGAGUCUGCACCCGAAUUCAGUGGCAGCUCCCAAGGAGCCGCAAAGUGCGACAACGGAUUCAGCGCCAGCGGGAACAACCACAACGGCUCCUCAGAAUUUGUCGCCCACCAGGAGGCGGACCUAUGUGAUCCCCGCUGAAUCACCAUUCCAUCCAGGUAAAGCCAAGCGCGGAUCAGUGGUUUUACCAUUUGCUGCCGAAAUUCCAAAGGAAUGCAUGGAGAAGAAACGGCAAGCUGCGCGAAAGUCAGGUAGAAAGCCCGACCAGUCACUCUCUGACAUGGCGUUUGAUCCAGGAUUUUCUGAUCUGUACAAUGAUUAA